UUUCUUCUGUCAGGAGCUGCGUAAGUGACCAGUGUCUAUUUAAAACAAUAUUCGGAAAUAUAAUUUCAUUUCUUCAAGAACAAACAACUAUUAACGAACAAAAAUGUUCUCUACACUACUUCUGUGUGCGUGCGUUGGAGCAGCUGUUUCACAAACCGUACCAUGUGGCGCUCCAACUGUUCAGCCUAUAACCAAUCGUAUAGUCGGAGGACAAAUUGCUAAACCAGGAUCUUGGCCUUGGACAGUACUGCUGGUCGAUGAUCUCGGUUUCAUUGCAGGAAGUGGUGCCGUUAUUCACCCUAAUGUCAUUCUAACCUCCGCCCAGCAUUUUGAAGGUCCAGGGUUUUCUCUUUAUGACCUUGACCUCCAUUUCUGGAGAGCAUACGCUGGAGAAUACAACAUAUCAACAACAGAUCCACACGAGAAGUACUACCAUGUUAAACGUGUUGUCCUCCACCCCGGUUACAACUACUCAUCCCUGGAAAACGAUAUUGCACUUGUUAUUACAACACAACCUAUUGUGUUUAAUGAUCACACGCGUCCAGCCUGUCUCCCUGAUGCCAGUCACACAUACACAGUUGGUGAAGUAUGUUACUUACCUGGAUGGGGAAGCACAGCAUCUACAGGAAACGAAGAAGUGUUAAAUCAAGUAGAUCUGCCCAUCCUUGAUGACAGCGUGUGUUUGAGUGAGUUCCCCGAUUACCUUAGCAACACGGAGCUGUGCGCUGGAUACAAAAACCAAGGCAAGGACUGGUGUGCAGAUGAUAUUGGAAGUCCACUUAUGUGCAAGGACCAGGGUGGAGCAUGGUACAUACAAGGUAUUGCAUCAUCUGGUGGAGACUGCACGAAGGCCGAUCAGCCGAGCGUGUUCGAAGAUGUUCCUAUGUAUUCGGAUUGGGUCAAGAAAACAAUGGAGGAUGCAAACUACGCAUACCAGUAUUAGUGUUAGUUCUUCACACCAAGUGUUUCCACACUUUAUAUUAAAGCUAGUUAAUGCAA